AUGACCAUCAUUGAGGAUAACGGAGAAUAUAUUUGCGAAUGCGUAUCAGGAUAUCUUUAUUACCCGCCUUUGGACGGUUGCUUCCAGCCCUACACCCGAGGUCCUUGUUCAUCAGGAAAUUACUUAGCUUUCAGUCCUGGUGCGUUUACAGCCGAGUGUUUGGAAAAUCCCUGCGAAGAAGGCUCUGUUAUGUACCAAAAUGAAUGUCACAAGCUUUUGAAAUCUGGCCCACCAUGUAAUGGAAGUGAAACUCUGAUUGUCAAUGAAGAAAAUUAUGAAAUAAACUGUCAAGAAGUUAUUCCAGUUGUCUAUCAAGUGAUAAUGGCUCCAGUAAGACGUUGUGCGCCUGGUUCACGUAUGGCCGCUCAUGGAAUAUGCCGACAACUUUUAUAA